CUGGACAACACUGAGUGUCAGUACGUGGCUUUACAGCUGUGGACUUGGAGGCUGUCUGCAGGGAAGCACUUGAUGGGAGGUAGAGACCGUGUGUAACAUUGAAUAAUUGAAUCCAUAACACGUUUGAAAACGAGUCACGGAGCGGUGACUUUAGCGGUGACAGCCCUACCGGCGCCCCCCCCCCCCCCCCCCCCCCCCCCGCCCCCGCCCCCGGCCUGCAACAGCUCUCCCAGUUGAUCGUCCAGUCUGUCGGUCUGGUAUGGCGGAGGGAGGGUUGUCGGUUGAAUUCCCCGGGUCUCUGAAGAGCUCAACUCUUCCUCCACCGAGGACCCGCAUUUUCAAAAUCAUCGUGAUCGGGGAUUCCGGGGUCGGAAAGACGUGCCUCACCUACCGCUUCUCUGCCGGCAAGUUCCCCGAGAAGACCGAGGCCACGAUCGCGGUCGACUUCAGGGAGAGGCUGGUCGAGAUCGACGGCGAAAACAUCAAGAUCCAGCUGUGGGACACUGCAGGUCAGGAGCGCUUCAGGAAAUCCAUGGUGCAGCACUACUACCGCAAUGUACACGCUGUUGUCUUUGUCUAUGACGUCACCAAUGCCGCUAGCUUCCGCAGCCUCCCUGCCUGGAUUGAGGAGUGCAAGCAGCAUGCUCUGGGCACAGAGGUACCCAGGAUCUUAGUUGGAAACAAGUGCGACCUCCAAGACUCCAUCCAAGUGGGCACGGACGUGGCGCAACAGUUUGCAGAUGCCCACUCCAUGCCCCUGUUCGAGACGUCUGCAAAAAACCCAAAUGGCCAAGGUGAUGGCAGCUUUGGCGGUGGAAACAGUGACCAUGUUGAGGCUAUUUUUAUGACGGUUGCUCAUAAGUUAAAGUCUCAGAAGCCUCUGGUGUUGAGCCAGCCACCUGUGGGAUCAGGGGGCACCAUCAACCUUAGCAGGGGGAUGAAUGGUGGGGGUGAUGGGGCCAGGAGCUGGGGGUGCAGCAGCUGCUGAGGAAGGAAAACAGAGGGAAGGAGAGAGAAAGAGAACUUCAGUUCCAGGCUGCACAAGGACAAUGGAAUUGAAGAAGUGAGCUGAGGAAAGAGUGGAGGACUAGAAAUAAAGUGGAUUCAGCAAAAUGGCUUCACAAUCAGAACAACUAUUUGAGGCAGUAUUUAAAAAGUGAUUGUUGGUUCAUUGAAUCGCUCCUGAACACAAAAUCAGAUGCUGAAUCAGUUCUCCUCAGAUAGUCACUUCUGAGCCUCCACUACUUAAGUUUCAAUUCAGUUAUCUGGUUCAGCGGCAGCAGAAAUCAUGGAAACACUUAUUUUUUAAUUGGGAGGGGGUAACAGCAAUUGUUGAAAUGUUAAAUUUGAGCUGUGAUAUCUUGUGGGAACGAUGACCCAAACAACUUUCAUGCGUGUCAGAAACGAGUCAAUAUAAGACCAGGACGGCUUCAUGUAAUGCAGCAACUGUAUAGAGAGCAGCUAAUGAAAAUUAUUGGCCAUGAUAGAAAAAAGCUUUACUGCUCUGUGACCUGAAUAUAAUUUCUUCAUGCAGACAAAAUAACACAUACAACUUGUGACCUUUAGGCCUGUAUCUGUGGCACUGCAGCAAUGACUGCAUUAUAUGGAAAGGUGUUUGUGUUAGGCAUUCUUGUUGUUCUUGUUUGUAUUGUUAAGACAUAAAGCACAUGAAACUCUAA